UCAGUUUGAAACUGCCCCUUGAGCACGACAUGUUGGAUCAAAAAGGCCCAUUGAUUGUACAGACAGGAAUUUCGUGCUAGAGCCGGAAUGUCGUCGGAUUCAUUGUAAUGUUAUCGAAACAUCGGCAUUGAAAAGAGAGCUGUCGUGCGACGCCACUCGGCGUCCAUGAUUCGUGAUGCUACUGCAGCGGAUUCCGGAGCUCGAGCUCGGAACAGCAGCGGGAGAGAAGUAACCGCUCCCCCCUGCUCCCUUCUCCUCUACUUUAAGUAACGGCAGGUUGUGCCGGUGGAGUAAGCCAUAUCCCCACAAUGACCCCCUUUGCCUGAGACGCAAGCACCUCCUGUGUUUUGCUAAAUAGCUGAUAGCUUUCAUCAGUUCAAGCCAUGCCCGACGAGUGAAGAUCUCCUUUUGCUCUAAGCAAUAAAAAAAGUAUAUUGAAAAAAAACACAAAAAAAACCUCCCACAUGCCUCCCCAUGUAGAUCCCCUUCAGUGCAUCCUGCUGGAGUGAACCCCCUCCCAUCCAGAUAGGCAUUGCCCUGUCCUCACCCCUUCACCCUCCCUUCUCCACCCCACCUCCACAUCCACCAGUCACAAUGCCUCUCCAUCUCAGAAUGGCCAACACCUAAGCAGUCCCAUGCGUCCAGUGAGCGCCGAGUCGGACGGUCCUGCUCCUCCUGAAAUCUUCUCGCGUCCCCUCCCCCCAGUGGGCCCCCUGCCUGCCUCAGAGAUGUCCCUGCUCCAGUCGCUGGGCCCAGUGCAGAGCUGGCUGGGUCAGGAGCUGGAGAAGUGCGGGAUCGAUGCCAUGAUCUACACCCGCUACGUCCUCAGCCUGCUCCUGCACGACAGUUACGACUACGACCUGCAGGACCAGGAGAAUGACAUCUUCUUGGGCUGGGAGAAGGGAGCUGGGAAGAAAUGGGGCAAGAGUAAGAAGAAAGGAGGUACAGACCUGAGUCUGGAGGAGAUCAAGAAGCAAGCGGCUGUGCAAUGCCUGCGUUCUGCAUCUGAUGAAAACUCUGGAAUUGAGAGCCUGGUUGAGGAGCUUUGCUCCAAACUCAAGGACAUCAAAAACAAACAGAAAGAAGAGAAACAGAUCAGCAAGAAAUCAGAUGGAUCUCAAUCUCCCGAGCAGGCGGAGUCCCCUUCUUCAAAGGACCAGGUGGAAAUGUAUUAUGAAGCCUUUCCUCCUUUGUCAGAGAAAUCUGUUUGUCUCCAAGAGAUCAUGACGGUGUGGAACAAGGCUAAAGCCUGUGCUUACUCCAGUUCAUCCUCCUCUGCGGCCCCACAGACCAGCACGGAUACAUCCUCUCCAAAGGACUGCAACAGUGAGGGUGAGGCUGUCAAGGAAAGAAACUCUGAAGCAUGCUGCGCCACCACUAUCACCACCUCAACCAGUGAGAGACUUCAACAGCGACGCAGCAAAAAAGAGAAAGAGAACCGAUACCACGGCGCCACAACAGGAGAGGACAGAGGUGCCGUCCAUGGCAAGAGGCAGACGAGGCACAGGUCAGAGGGCAAGUUCCGCCCUCGGUCUUGGUCAUCUGGUUCUAGCGAGGCGGGCUCAAGUUCCAGCGGCAACCAAGGCGACUCGAAAACAUCCAACUGCAAAGCGGUCAGGAUCCGUCACAAGUCCAAGGAGCCGGGCAAGUGUAAGAGAGGCCGCAACAGUGGACAGGUGAAGCUAGCUCUGAAGGCCAUCGACAAAGAGGAGAGGAGGAAUGCCGGAGGGAGUAGCAGCAGUGCCACUGGAGGUCCAUCGAGGCAACCACAGCUUUACAAAAAGGGGAAGAGGCCGCUGAAGGAGAUUGGUAAAGAUCCAGGCUGGGGGGAAGCAAGGGAGCUUGGAGCAGAAGCCCAAAACAAAAAGGAAUACAUGGAGGAACCCCUAUGGUACACAGAGCCCAUCACCGAGUAUUUUGUACCAUUCAGUAGCCGAAAAAGCAAACUGGAAACAAAGUACCGAAGCAAGCUGGACUCUCCAGGUGGCGUAUCCAUGUCCACCGACAUGGACAGGCUGUCUGAGAGGAUGCAAGGGAUCUGCAUUGCCAACGCAAGCUUCCAGAGGGCUUACCUAGCAGCGGGCACCUUUGUGGACGGCCACUUUGUGGAAGGUCCAGGAGAAGCGGAUGAGGAGGCUGCCGAACAUGAUGGGACCUCAAGCUGCCCUCCGCCUGAGGAUAGUAGAGAUUUAGAUGACGAGCAUCUGUCCGAAUUUACUCACUUCUAUGAAGUCGAUUUUUAUCAAUCCAUAUUGGAUCCUAGUGCCUCAGACUCGGUACAUGAGAGUCGGAUCUUGAGCAUGAUUCGACAGAAGAGCAAAGAGCAAAGAGACUUUGAGGCAGAAUGUUGUUUAGUGUUAGAUGGCCUUGAGCUGCAAGGGGAAAGUGCAAUAAGGGUGGACUCGAAUGAAGCUUUGGGAGCGGAUGGAUUCUUCAUGCAGGAUCUGGAAAACAUGGCUCAAGUCUGGGGAUGUUAUUCGUCCUCUAGCUCCGAAGAUAUAGAUGGAGAAAGCUUUGCAGGAGACUCUCCUGUUCAGCUGUCCUCCAUGUUGGACAGUGUGUCUUUUACCUUGUGCACGCUGCCUGUAAACCUGGAGGAACCCUAUCUCCCAGAAGCCACCAGUGAAGCGCCUGGUCUGAGCUCUUCUAGCUUCUCUCUGUUUGAGCUGCAGUAUGAUAGCCCCACUCUUCCUUAUCCCUGCGACUCACUUACCGUUGGUCAUGAAAACAACACCGAUUCAAGUAGCUGUCUAGAUCCACAUUGUAACAAACAGUCUCGUUUGCUAAUAUGGACCAAAAAUAGUGCCUUUGAUGAAACUGAACAUUGUUCAAACCUUUCGACGCGAACCUGCAGUCCGUGGUCGCACUCGGAAGAGACGCGUUCAGACAAUGAGCAAAUAAACGUUCAAAUAGAGGAGUCCGCUCAAAUUGGCAAUGAAGAGAUUAAUUGUCUAAUCCCUCCAAUCUCUGGUACAUACCUAGAGGAAGAACUUCUGGACUUUCUACAUGAGGAUACCAGUCGCCCAUGUGAGGAGCCCAAAGGUAGCACGGGAUCAAAUCCAACUUUGACAAAGAAAUCUAAAUUGGAGUCCAUAUGCGGCAUCGCAUUAGAACAGGAUGAGAGCAAACAGUACAACACUGGCAUGUUUUCGGAUGACACAAACCAACAGAGUGACAACUACAGCUCAGGGAUUAUAAAGGACAUUUGGACUGCUAUCGGGGAAGGCGAUCCUGCACUAUCGCUAGGAAGUGAGAAGACAGGGGAGGGCCUGUUCCCAGAGGAGGCGACUGGCUACCUCUGCAGCUGUCUAGAGGUGCAAGCAAAGGGAGGACCAAUUCAGGGACCUCAAAAAAAGGCCGUGCAGCGCUCCGAGUACCACCUGUGGGAGGGCAAGGAGGAGCAGAGCCUGGCCAAAAACGAGCUCUCCAAGGUAGAUGCCGCCGGGGAUUACAUGACUCCGUCCAAGCCCUGGGACGUUAACCCAGAGAAGGACAACACGUCGUUCAUCCUCGGAGGGGUUUACGGCGAGUUAAAGACGCUCGGUGGCGAUAGGGACUGGGCCGUGGUGCCACCAAGUGACACACGGGGCAGUCUGCUCCAGUGUGCUGCCGCAGCCGCCUCAGCUUCCGGUUCGGACGUAGUCACCAUUGCUGGCACAGAUGUGUUUAUGAACACUGGCAGCUGCUUUGCGCCUGGCCACAAGCAACUCUGGAGGCCCCUGGUCUCCUUUGGGCAGAGCGACCAAGCCAUGAAAGGAUGUGGGGACGGAUUGAAUAAGGGAUUUUCUUUAAUCUUCCAUGAAGAUUUACUGGGAUCCUGCGGAAGCUUUCACGGAAAGGAGCCAGGACCAGACUACCCAUUCACGUCCUUCGAUCUGAACAAUCCGUUCUCUCAAGUCCUCCAUGUCGAGUGCUCUUUUGAGCCUGAGGACAUGGCUUCGUUUAGCCCAGGAUACAAACCCAAAUCUAUCCUGUGCUCAGACUCUGAUAACGAAGCCUUCCAUCCACGGAUCUAUGGAAUCAACCGGACUCAGUACAGGGCCAUCCGCAUCUCCCCCAGGACUCACUUCCGACCCAUAUCUGCCUCCGAGCUGUCUCCCGGUGGAGGAAGCGAGUCGGAGGCAGAGUCUGAGAAAGAGGAGCUGAGUCUUCCCGUCCUGGCACCAGUGGACGUCUUUGACGAUCCUCAGGCCGACCUUAAGCCUCUGGAGGAGGAUGCAGAACGCGAGGGUCCCUACUAUGGGAAGUCAGAACUGGAAUCUGGUAAAUUCUUACCCAGAUUAAAGAAGUCUGGCAUGGAGAAGAGUGCCCAGACCUCUCUGGAUUCACAGGAGGGCUCCAGCACCCUCCUGCCAAUUGCUGAGCAAGAGAUUUGCUUAGACUGUAAAAUGGCUGCAGCAGCAUCAACGGCAAGCGGACGGAUGGACGUCCCAGCCAAUAAAAUCCAGAAGGAGGAACCUUGCAGAGAAAAGGAUGCCUGCAUUUGUGCAGCAGCAGCCCAGAUUCCCAAAUAUGGGAUAACCUAUGACGUCGUAGAAGAAUUGCAGGAGUUCCCUCUGUUAAGUGCUAGUGGACAGGGAGCAACUGGCAGCCAGCAAGAUGAGGUCUGGUGGCAGAACACGCUCUGUUCCUCCCUUUUCCCUGGAUCUCAGUGUACAGGGAGCAGCAACAUCUGAAAACUCCAGCUCAGCAUGGAGGAAGCUUGUCAUUGAGAAGACAUCGUCUCUCCUCAGUUGACAGCUCCUGUCCCAGCAAAUACUGGGCGGGGGUGGAGGACUCAGACCCAGGACACCCAUAGGCUACUGGUCUGAGGAGUCCCCACCACAACCCACUUCUUAACCCUGCUGAUUUUCAAUUACUAACUCAAACCGUGUGUAAUCAACACUUCACGUCACCAAAAAAGUGAGCGAAAAUAGGAAAAACACAAAAAACAUGUUCCGCGCAUCUUUAACUGAUACCGUUACCUGAUAUCUAAAGACGUGCAUUUUAGAUUUGUCUUAGUUUUAUUUUCCUGACAUUAAUCUUCAUUAGUCACAGUUAGGCAUUAGUCAGUUCUGUUUAGCCCUCAACAUUUUGUUCUUUUUCUCCAACCGAUUUUGCUUUUGAACUAGGAUACUGGUAGAUGGUGGUGUCCAAAUGAUGGUGCAUGCUUGUCCGUCCUAAUACUCGCACUCCUCUUUCUAGAUCAACUGCUACAAUCUCAAUGACCUAACUGUGAUGCCACUGUUCAUAACAUAGUAUGAGAGCACAGCUCGUGUAUCUUCUUUCUCCACCGGUAUCAUUCAGAAAGUCAAGCUUUUGUUGACAAUUAUUUGUCAAAGAUGUGGGAGAUUCAUUUUAUGGAGGCCUUUCUGAAUGUGAAGGAGAGGGAAAGAACGUGUGCUGCUUUCAUCUGAAAUCUGUAAAAUUUAAUUUUCCCAAACAGUGUGAAAAGUUGCUCUAAAAUAAGCUUGAUUUUGAAUGGUGAUAGUUUUUCAGAACCUAUUAGUAGACAGAAUGGUUUGUAAGGCAAAUAAAUUCUAAAGAGGAGAGAUUGACAAAAGUAAUUUAAUAAUAAGAAAAAAAAUACAAUAUGGAGAAAAGAAUGAAAAAAGGAAGUUUUGAGUUUGGUUUUCUGGGUUAAAUGCCCUUAACAAAAGAUAAUUAUAGCUAUGUCUGCAGAGACACCAUGGGGGUGCAAUUUAAUUAAAAUAUUUUGGUUAAAGUCGUAGUACAAACAAUUGGUGCUAUGAAUAUGUUAACAUUUCUGUUGCAGUUUGAUAUUGUGGCAGUGAAAUGUAGAUCCUAAUAGUUUUGUUUAGUGUCAGAGAAGUGUGUAAGAUCCAUUGAUAUCUUUUGAGAAAAAUGUGAAAAGAUAGAAGAAAAAAAUAUGGUGUGACUGCUGAUGGUUCUCGCUAAAUGUGGCUUGGUUUUUAUUUUAAAAUAACUUACAGUUUACUGGCCUAAAAUACAAUUGAACUGCAUUACACAAAAGCUUAUAAGAUUCUAUAACCGGGGAGGAGUUAAAGAAAAACACAUUGGUGCCAUGCAUAUCAUUGUGUAAUCCUUAAGGGAAGCAAGAUAAUACAAUAUUUAAUUGAACUUUAAUACAAUAAAAGAAAGACAAAAAAAUCUGAUUUAAGAUUUCUCAAUAGACACUGCUAACUUUGCAAAUAUUAUAGUAACGUAAAACGUAUUCAAGGAAAAAGUGGUAAAACCAAAAUAGAGCCAACAUAAUUACACCAAGGUACAAAUACUUUCUUUCUGAGGUGUGUUUUACGCUAGUUUCUUUUUGGGUAUAUGGUAUAACCUUUUGAAAUAUCCAUAAUGUUUCAUUUGUUUGUGUGCAUCUGCAUUGAAAUUGUAUAAACACUGGUUCAAAGUUACACCGUGCUUAGCCUUUAUCACCAUAUAAGAAAUGUGUGCACAACAAGGCACAUGUUUUUGUUCCCCAAUGUUCACUUUUCACGAUAUUUCAGUUUCAUCAUAUGCCCUAUGGUUGGAUUGGAAGUGUGUUUGUGGUCUGUCCAAUGACUAUUAAAUCCUAAGUUAACUCACCUGUAAACUAAAUGCAUUUUAGUAUCUCUGUGAAUUGCUCAUGUCUUCAAAUCCUAGUCUGUAUUUUUGUUACUGCUCAUCCCCAAAAUGUUGCUAUUAAAGUUCCAGGGGCAAUUCCCGGGUUUGUCCUCUACCUUUGAGAUGAAGCACAGAUACAUGUUCCUAUCCCAUUACUUUCAUUGUGAUGCGUUCAAUGAGCAGUACACGCGUUCUCCAACAUUGUGUACAUACUUAUUGAAAUGCGCUGUCAAAGGUCAUGGUGCCUCCAUUGUGAGCACAGUAAUUGAAAUGUCCGUCCGUCCCCCGUCCCCCUUCCCCCCCAUCCUUCUAAUGUAGGCAAGGGGGAUCACCUGUUUCUUAUAAGGUCUGAAGUGUCUGCCCCAAGUGUUUGUUUUGUUUUUUUACACCCUUUCUCUGCAAAUGUCACCUGUUAUGUUUGAAUGACAAUACCUGAAAAAGACUACUUAAACGUCAGGCAUUCAUAUGAUAUAUUUUGAUUUGACAGUUGUCAGUCACUCAGGAAUUCUUUACUAAAUAUUUUUUUUCAAAGAUCAAUAGAAGGAAUACAUAGACUGUGGCAGUGCUAGAUUCAAACAGUAACACCAUUAUUUGAUAUUUUGAUCUCAUGUAAAACAGGAGUUUAUUAAUCCUAAACUUCAGAGUGAACUGUAUAGCACUUAAUUUAGAGAGCUUUGGAGCAAACCAAGACAUUGCAUAAGCAAUGGGAGGGAUGACUAUCCCUCAAGUCAUAUGCAAUAUCUCAGUGCAUGUAUACUUCAAACAUUCAACAGGUGCAUAUGGGGAGUGGUCAACAUUUUUGCAUGGAAGUUAUUUUUUGAGGGAGGGAAAGCUGAUAGAAACUGAACCAUCCUGGAGUGGCUUUCAAAUUGAGCAGCAUGGGGGGAAAAGCACACUCCACUCCCAAAAAAAAGGUUUUAGAUUUUUACAGGUUUAAUUACUACAGGUGAGGGGGUUAAGCAGUGACUAUAUUUAAUUUUUGUGUGCGUGUCUGUGUGCAUUGGUGUAUGUGUGAGACAGUCAUAAUAGCAUUACAGUAAAUGGUAGUAAAAAAUCAAAGAAGGCAUCACAUGUUUGCAUUUUCUUGGUUUGGUAUGGUAUGGUUGAAAAAAAAAAAAAAAAAAACAUGGAACAUUUAUCAAGAAAUUGCAAGAUUAGAGAGGGAAUGUGCAUUAGACAAACUACAUUGAUGAGGUUAAACUAAUUUGAGUUUUGAUUACUCCAGGGUCUGGAGAACAUAUCCAGCACUGAAAUUAAGUUUUCCUCGUGUUCUUUCCCUAGAAAACCAACACCCCCCCCCCCCCCCCCAUUUUGGUGGAUUCCCUAAUCCUUUCAACCCCAUUUGUCUCAAGUGGUUGUAUUGUUCUAAUGUACACCCUGAGUAAAUUAUUUUGUUUCAUUGUGGAGUUUCUUAACAUCUAAUAAAGAAAUAAACCAAAUA